AUGAGUAUUGAGAUUCCAGUCGGUCUGACGGAGCUGCUUCAAGGCUACACCGUGGAGGUGCUGCGCCAGAGGCCGCCGGACCUGGUGGAGUUUGCCGUGCAGUAUUUCACCCGCCUGCGGGACACCAGGAGCCAGGACGGGUCCGGAGCCGCCUCCGCCGCCAAGACCGGGGGGAAGGGAGUGAUGUUUGAUGGCGAGCCGAUGCAGACCGAGUCGAACGGCGACGAGGACGACGAGGACGAUGACUCAGAUUUUGAGCCUCCUCCCCCCAGCAGAUUUAACCGGAGAGUGUCGGUGUGUGCGGAGGCCUUUAACCCUGAUGAUGAUGAGGAAGACUCUGAACCGAGAGUUGUCCAUCCAAAAACAGAUGAGCAGCGUUGUAGAUUACAGGAGGCCUGCAAGGACAUUUUGCUGUUCAAGGCUCUUGAUCAGGAGCAGUUUUCAGAGGUGCUGGACGCCAUGUUUGAGGUUCUUGUACAGCCACAGGAUCACGUCAUUGAUCAGGGAGAUGAUGGAGAUAACUUUUAUGUAAUUGAGAGGGGUGUGUAUGAUAUUGUGGUACAGAAGGACGGGGUGGGCUGCUGUGUGGGUCAGUAUGAUAAUAAGGGCAGUUUCGGAGAACUGGCCCUCAUGUACAACACUCCACGUGCUGCAACCAUCAUUGCUAAAGAGGAGGGAGCCCUCUGGGGACUGGAUCGAGCAACGUUCCGAAGACUCAUAGUGAAGAACAAUGCGAAGAAGAGAAGGAUGUAUGAAUGCUUUAUCGAGUCCGUUCCACUACUCAAAUCGCUAGAGAUCUCUGAGAGGAUGAAGAUUGUCGAUGUGCUGGGUGUAAAAUCAUUUCAUGAUGGAGAACGGAUCAUUAUGCAGGGCGAUAAGGCUGAUUGCUUCUACGUUGUGGAGUCUGGAGAGGUGAAGAUUAUGAUGAAGAGCAAAACAAAAGCAGACAGACAGGAUAAUGCUGAGGUGGAGAUCGCUCGCUGCAGUAGAGGGCAGUAUUUCGGAGAACUUGCUCUUGUUACUAAUAAACCACGUGCUGCCUCAGCCUAUGCUAUAGGGGAUGUCAAAUGUUUGGUGAUCGACAUUCAAGCCUUUGAGCGUUUGCUGGGGCCCUGCAAAGAGAUCAUGAAGAGGAAUAUCGCCCACUAUGAGGAGCAGCUGGUGGCUCUGUUUGGAUCCAGUGUGGACCUGAGGGACUGAGACAGACUGGCCGUGCCUUACAUACAUGCAUACACACAUACACACACACACACACACACACACACACACUAUACAACAUAUAGGUUAUACACUCCCAAAACAUUUUGUAGGCACACAUUCCUUUUUAUGUGCACAUGUUCUUCAGCCAACACACUCACUCUUUCAAAUCAUACCUCUCUCACACACUCACACGCCUGAUGUCAUUGCGUCAGCUGCUCAGUACGAAAUAGAAACAUUACCAGCUCAACUGCUGUGACCCUGAACCAACCACAGCUUGGAGAGGACAUGCACACACACACACACACACACACACACACAUACAUGCAUACACACACACUCUCACACACUCUCUCACACACACUCACACAUACAUACACACACACUUACACCAAAAAUUCCCAGCCAAGGACCCAUCCUUUCUCAUGGUCACUUGCAGUCACAACAAAGAAAAUAGAAAAAGAGACGAGAUAAAAGAAUCUAUGUUUAAACAAGAAAAAAGUUGAUAUCUUUCAAUAAAAAAAUGCAAAAAAUCGCAAAAAUUUAACAUUUUAGAGCAUUUUAUGACAAUGCAAAGCUUUGAUAAACUUGUUUAAAUAUGACUUGUUUCCUUUCCCUGCUGUUGGUGCAUAAAAGUUUUUGGUGGUAUCCACAGUGACUGAUUUUUCUCACUUAAACUCCACAUGUUGUAUUGAUUAAUGUAUUACUAUUAUCAUUAUUAUUAUUAUUACAUAUUAUUUUUGUUGAAGGUUGACUCGCUGUUACACCACCCCCUAAUUGGAGGAUGCGAGGCAGAAUCUAGUGGAAAUUUUUCCCUUUAGUCUUUCUGAAUGAGUCGUCCUGAAAAAUAAAUAAAGCAGACAUUUUUGGUAACCUGCUGGGACUCUUAUGUUGCGAAUGUUCGUGUGAGUGAGUGUGAGUGUGUGUGUGUGUGUGUGUGUGUGUGAGUGAGUGUGUGUUGGAAGGUGCGGUCUGUAAUUACAGGAACAGUGCCAUUUAAAUGUCAGGAAUCAGUUUUGUGUUUGUAAUCUUGAAUGGAGACACCAGUGUUUUGGAACGGAGUGUUUUUUUUUUCUUUAGGGCGUUAGUUGGCUAUUGUUAGUUGGUUAUUAUUGAGGGUUGGCUAGAUUCAGCAUUUACAGAUUGUACUUUUAAUAAACUUUGGAUAAAUCA